AUGGGCACCCUCUCUGGAUGCAAGAUUGCAGGGAAGCCCAGAGGUACUGCCUUGCACCUCUCCCCAAUGGAACAUGCAGUUCCAAAGUCCUCAGAUAACGAAAAAAAAGUAGAAAACACGUGGGAGGAGGCGUAUGCCUUCAUUUCUCCGAGAGAUUCUGAAGGGUGCUUGGUUGCGAGAUCGCAUCUCGCUCGCACAGGGAAGAAAGGGUCCUUUGGGGGCGAACCAGAGGUAGUUAGGUGGACCCUUCUGCCUGGAUCCUCCGACGAAACCCCGCUCGCCCUUCGCGAAAGCGCUGAAUCUUUUGUAUUUCUGCCUCCUCCUGCUCUGCGCAGGCUCCCAGGCUCAAGAACCCCAAUCGCUGCCAAGAUGGAUAACUUAUCCUUGAUCCGGCGUUUGCUUCGGGGAUCUCAGCAGACGGCAGCAUCGCAAGCCUCCCAGGCCUCCUUAUCGGCACUGCAGGCGCGCGCAGGUGCACCGGGCUCCUUCGUCGUUGCUCAGGCUGCCAGCUGUGAGAGUUGCGGAAGCACUUCCCCAUGCAGCGUUGAUCACAGCGGAUACCUAAUCUGCGUCGAGUGUGGUGCUCGCCAAGAAGGUCAGCAGAUCGGAACGCGAGAUGAAGAGGCCGAAUUUCAGCUACUGCAAGCCAGUGGGGCCAUGGGGAGUGCGCGAAUUCGAGCGUCCGAGUUGUUAGGAUCCGACGCUGUUGCUGCAGCUCUCGCGACUGUAGGCUUUGGAGGUGGCGCAUCCACCGAAGCGGGAGCUCCUGUUGUUUCCGUGCCUGCUGCUCCUGCAAAGCAGAGGACCAUCGACGAGGAAGAGGAGGGCGACAGCGAAGGUGAAUGGGGCGAGAGGGGGGGGGCCGCUUCUUCAACAGCGGCGGCAGCAGCUGCUGCUGCUGCACGCGUCUCUCGGCAACAACAGCAGGCGCUCGGCAGUUACUGGCAACAUCCACUCUUGUGGCUAAAUGCGGAAGAAGCAGCAGGAGAAACUAUCGGCUCAGAUGGAGCCGUCUCCGACGCGGCCUUACUCCGUUGUUGGGCCCUCCUGCUACAGGCCACCUGCCGAUUGCUACAGGAUGAAUUCGGCAUUUCCGAUCUCCUAGAGCUUGAAGCGAAGAAGGUCUUGCUGCAGUACCUUAGUUUCUUGUCACGUCAUGAGCUGCCUGUAGAGACUUUCUUCUGCAACAUUGCCUCAAAGGUCAUUAAGGUCCCGACCACGCGAAUCGUUUCCCACACUCAGAAAAUUGCAGAAGCAUUGCAGGCGCAACAACAAGAGCUGCUGCAAGACCCUUUAGUGCCUCCACUUUUGAAGGAAGCCGUGCGAUUUAUGGGCCUCGACCGCCUGGCGUAUGUACAGCAGAUGCUGCCUGCCCGCAGCAGCCAGAGGGAGGCUUUCUCCCGCAGACGCUUACGCCUCCUCACGCGUAGAGAGAUGCGCCCACUCUCCGCAGCAGCGGUGGCUCUCCCACAGAGCAGCGGGCAAGCGUCGAUAGCAACGGCCUCCGCUGCCGCCGCUGCCGCAUUCCCAGCGGCCCUCCCCCCGCACGCCACAGGGGGAGCUUCUGCUCCGUCUCCUCUUGGAGAAGCCGUUAUGCUGCAUGCGGCUGGCCGUGUAGCUACACCGGCACGCAGGGCAACUCGCGGAGGGUGCGCGGAACGUAGCAAGAACUUGCCGCAAUCCGCUCAGGGCGAGUUUGUAGCGUUGCCUUUUGUGCUUCCCCCUGCAGCCGUGCGAUCUCGGGAUGCCCGCGUUGCAGACCGACUGGCGGCCGUUCAGCGUCUCCUACCACUAGUAGAGCAGCGACGUAGUGAGCUGCUGGAGGAAGUGCAGGAACAGGAGCAACCGCACGAACGUGGCGAGGAGGAUGCGGGGGAGGUACGUUUGCAUGCGAAGCGACAGCAGUUGUUGGCAGCAGCGACGUCCGCUGUUGCUGCUCUGGGACCUCCGUCUUCCCAAGCAGAAGCAGCCGCCAUCGCGGCUGCUGCCGGUGCGGGGAUAGCAGGGCAGUCACGACGUCGGAAGCGGACGGGGGGAGGAAGGGGUAGCAGCCGAGGAAAGGCACUCCCAGGACGGGGAGCUCAUGACGACCACGCCGACACAAUGCUCUCUGGAGUGUCACCUGACAUAUCACGUCCUUUGCUGCGUCUGGUAGCACACGAGCGUUCUCUCGCUCUCGGCUCUUUAGACGUCUCCCUUGGCCCCUCCCAACGAUCCGCAUGGCGCCGGAUAACGUCAAAAACUGUAGCAGAAAUAGUUGACGCGGUGUACGAACACGACUUUGUGUUUCUGCUGCUUUUGCUAAAGCACCGGCAGCAGCAGCAGCACCUGCAGCAACAGUUGCAGCAGUUGCAGCAACAGCAGCGCAGCCGCCUUUCCCUGCCACAGCUGUGUAAUACACCUUGUGAGCAACAAGAAGCGUCUUUGGACGCUGUGGACGAUGUGGAAAAAGCUGUCUCAGUAGCAACAUCAGCAGCAGUACGCGGCGCAGAAACAGAUGCGACAACAGGCGGAGCAAUACCAGUGAGAGGGGGAGCAAGUGAGGGCGAAGACUCUGAUGAAGACCUUCCGCUAUCUCUGCUCCCUUCAGCAGAGCGGCGUCUGUCUUCCUCGGCUUCUGGCGCACCAGAAAUAAGAACAGGAGCAGUUGGUGCUGACGGUGCAUCUGCUGUUUCGAAAGCUAUGGGCUUUCCUAGAGGGACCCUUCCACUCUGCAGUGCCCGCUUCCGCUCAGGUGCUCACUGCGGCUUCUAUAGUCUCCCAGCGUCUCAGAUGCUGCCGCUCGACCAGGCAAACGCUGCUGCUGAAAGUGCGGCAGCUUCGCGUGGCAUGUCAACAGAGGCGCUGGUGGUGAGAAGGCCGGAAGAGUCGUUUCGCAUGUCUGAGCCGUCUGCGCGGGGGGACGAGGCAUCACCAGAAAGGCGAACACGCUACGGGAGCAAACCAGCGGACCCAUUUGCCGCUUUUGGGGGUGAUGCAGCUGUUGGCACUUCGUUUCUUCUUGAUGCUACAGACCAAUUGACCGGAGGGCUUCGACGGCGGCGGGGAGCUCCCCAGCCGGGGGCGCUUCCUGUCGACGUUAGUCUUCCUUGUGCAUCGCAGCUGCAGCAGCAGCUGCAAGCUUUCCCUCCCCGGCAGCAGCAGCUGCUGUUGCAGCUGGAGGCGAAGCGAGGGACGCUGAGGCGGACAGGGCUGUAUCCCUCGAUCUCUCCGGACUGGCUUGGCUAUGUCAGCACGAAGCGGCUGCAGGAGUUAUCGGGGUUGACAGCCUCGAGCUUCUUCGCUGCCUUUGGCAUCAAUGCAUGCGAGGGUCUUGGGAAGGAGGUGGAAGGAAGCGCCCACAGGGGGGGGCAGCACGGGCCGAGAGGCAGAGUGACAGCAGACAGGCAGAAAGGCAUUCAGGGGACGUGGGGGCCAGAAACCGAGCUGCGAGCGACGACGCUGGACCUCAUGGCACGACUUAGCGCUGUGCGUGUUGUGUGGAGGCGCUGUGUGCUGAAAGCUUGCUUUCGACAUGUCGCAAGCGUCACAAAAGCCUCACUCGCAGUAGGUAGUUCGGCGGUUGUGGCGAUUGCGCAAGACGGCGAUGCAACGGCUUUGCCAGCUGCUCGAGCACAAGAAAACAGCGGCGAAGAGGGUGUGCUGCUGGUGCCUCUGAGGAGCUGCAGCGGUCGCUUUUCGCUGCGGCGCGUAGCUACGGAGGGGUUGGAGGUGUCUUCCAUACAUCCAGAGGCCUUGGGCCCCGAGCCAUUGCUCUCAGGUGUAUGUACGGCCAACUUUUUAACGGGCAGUCGGCUGUUCUCUCCGCACCUUCCUCCCCGUCUGCCACCACUAGAUUUUGACCUUCUGUUAGCUGUGCUGCUGCUAGCCCUGCGCCGCUGUCGUGUGGCUAUCACAGCAUCGGAUCUCCUCCGACUUCUCUUGCAGAACCGCAUCGCCACUCUUGCACUGUUGCGCCUAGCUCCUCCAGCUCUGUGGCAUCAGUGUCGCGUUUCUACGGGAGCUCUCCUGCAGUUAUCCUCGCAUGGGGACGCACCAACGGUGGCUGCUGCUGCCUUACAGCCGCAGGCACUUCCGCAUUCUUUUCGGCUGCAUACUGUAUUACAAGACUUGGCAGCUGUUGGCGUAGGAGGGGCCCCCCCCCUAAAUGCGGCGGCGCUCAUUGUGAGGCUAGGGUUUGCUUUACGACUGCCUCCCCUUGUGAUAGUUCUCGCGAAUGCGCUGCUGCAAGAGGUCCUGCCAGAGCAGCUGCUCCGGCUGCAGCACAAGCUGCGUUCGGCCCAGGAGUAUAGACACAUCAAAAUUCCAAAGAUGCAUCCGUUCGUGCCCUCUAAAAUUAGGCGUCCUAUGAGGCGGCAUCCCCCCGUCCACAUUCGUAAGGGAAUGGACCCCCACAGGAAGCUUACCAGCCGGCCUGUUGGUGCUGCUGCUGGUGGCAAAGUAACUCGUGUUGAUGGAGAAGGGCCGCAUGGCAGCGCUAGCAGCGACCACGAUAGUGCCGCUACAGCUUCGUUUGGCCUGAAGCGCCGACGCGUGGCGGCAAGUAGGGGCCUUUCUUGUGCUGGUGUCGUAGAGGCAACGGCGGAUGCAGCCUCUGCAGCAGCGUCAGGAUCUCUCUCUGAUCGCGUUCUGGAAGGGCUGCCAGUGGGAGGGGGAGGCGUCCAGACGGCACUGGUGGCAGCAGAUUAUGCUGCUGAAAGUGUUAGCUGGAAGCCUCAGGGGGCCCCUUGCAGCGGCAGCGAAGACUGCGGAGCUUCCUCAGCCUUUAUGCAAGAGACUUCGAGGAGGCGAAACGGGGAGAAUUCGGGGGGCAACCCUCCUAGCCGCAGAGAGGCUUCCCCCCCAUCUGUUGCUCUCUCAUCCCUAGAGGGGAGUGGUGCUCCUCGAAAACAAACGUCCAAGAGGGGCCCCCGUCGGCUGCCAUGGGGUCGCCAGAGGGGGGUCCCCCUGGGGCCCACCGAGAGGGUCGAACUGUCUCCAUCGGGGGUGUCCGAGGAUCACCCAGACGCGUGGCGGCUGUUAGCUCCCCGCAGCAAAACAAACUCAUGGGGCUGCCCCCUCGCGUUUGCGGCUGGCUCCUGCAUCCUUCUGUCUCUCAGACUACUCUACGGUAUUAUGCAGUGGCAGCCUGCUGCACCGCCGAGCAGCAGCAACGCAGCAGCUGCCGCGGCAGCAGCGCCAGCUGCCGAUCUUCGAGCAGCCCUGAGGAUGUGCGAGCUUGCGGAGCACACGCUUAAGGCACAGGCAAGACACAGCACUGACGGCAGCAGGCGAGACACCGGGAUUUGCAGCAGGCAAUCACCCGCGCAGCUUGGCACCCAGUGUGACCCCCUGCCCGUGGACGCAUCGAUCGACUGUGAUGCAUCCAGCAGACGCAACAGCACAAACGGUGACAGGAGUUCUAGCAGCACGUGCCGAAAAGAAAUUCGGCCGUUAGCCGCCUUUGGGGGGCCCUUAACAGCCCGCCGUCUUCCUCUGCAAGUCCUGCGGUGGGCUACUGACCGCUUCUUCGUGUACCUGGAUGGCAUUUCACUCAACUGGGUAAUUGGCAUUCGUCAUUCUGCAGAAGCAGCUCCUGCACCGUCUGCUGUCGUUGCUGCCUUUGCGGCAGGACCUGCUGCGGAGUCGGAAGCAGAUGGCUUCUCUCUCUACUUCUUCCCUUGUCAAGAAGUUGGGGAGAGACGCGCCGGAAGGAAGGCCCUCCGCUUCUUGCUGCUUCAGCACUGUCACAGGAAGCUGCAACCCCAACUGGGGCAGCCGCCACAGCAGAGGGAUGACUUGCUACCGCCUCCACUGCUGCGCCUGUUUCUUAGCCCGGAGGGAGGCGAUCUCGCAGGAUUGCUGGAAUACUUCGAAUCUGUAGAGGCGGAGGCAGAGGGGACCUCGGGCCGUAUCCUGUCAGUCUGCGGCGGGGGAGAGGCGGAGGAGGCGCUGCUUGAGCAGCAGCUGCUGCUUCAGUAUAAGGAGAGCGCUGCACGCUCACGACGGCAGCAGCAGCAACCGCAACAACGACCACAGCUCGAUGUGCCCUCUUGGUGCUGGAAAUGCCAACUGCCGCCUCCGCUUGUAUCUCCUGUUGCCUCGGGUGCAGUCACUGGGGCCUUUCACGCUGUUAGGUCGCAUGUGGCUGCUGGGGAGUCGACGCAGGAGCAGAUGCAGGAGCUUUCUCUGCCUGCUGUGGCGGAGGCUGAUCGGACGACUGUGCUAGACGCCGACUUGGGCAUGAAGGCGUGGACGCUAGGGCCCCUCUUGCAUCAGCAGCAGGCCCUGCAACGGGCUGAGGAGCUGCUUGUCUGUCGCCCUCUCCAUUCGCAUGCAGCAGGAGCGCUUGCUGCAGCGCGGACCAAGGCUGCUGUCGCUGCUGCCGCCGCUGCUGCUGCUGCUUCUGCAGAUACGCAGCAGCAGCAACAUCGCCAGCGGCAGCAGCAAGAGAGUGGCGCCAUUGUAGAGACUGAGGGCGACGCUAUGCCGCUCGCGGAGGUAGCGGAGGACCUAGAGAAGGCCGUAAGCAUUGCAGCGGCAGUAUUUGGACACAUUGGAGUACUUCAGGACCACUCAGUUAGUGCAGCUGAGGCGUGCCAACCGUGUAUUUUGAUCCCCUUGCAGCCCGCCCCGCGUGCGCUGGUCCAGCGCUUUGCUGAGGAGUGCUUCGAGGAGCUGCCGCUGCUGCCACUCCCCUCUGCUGCUGUGUCUGCUGCUGCGACUGCGCGGCAGCAGGCCCUGGAGUGCCUCAGGGAGCAGCAGCGGCAGCGUCUUCAGUGGCUGGGGACGCCUUAUGUGUGCUACGAGGGAACCGCAGAGUCUCUAUACCAGUUGCUAGUUGCAGCGCUGCUGCAGCAGAUGGGCUGUGCGGACUGCUUGAUGAAGGAAUGCAGGCCCCAGGGGUUAUCCCCUGUAAAGGACAGCAGCACACCAGGGGAAUUGCUCGCCGUGGAUGCACCUACAGUGCAGACUGCGGAUGCCUUACCCCACAGCCGGAGCUUGGUCGGCAGAGUAGCGGAGUUGACUCAGUCUUAUUGUUUAGACGCUCCGGAGGCAACGCGCGAUUCGGGGCCGUCCCCAACGGCAGCAGUGACAGUUGCACAGAGUGAUGCUCAGAGGCCUUUAGAGGCGCCUCAGCAGCUGCCACACCCCGAGAGCGAGCAGCAGGAAGACUUGCACAGCAAAUACGCAGCGCCAGACUGGUCCUUCUCUGCCUUCCUGCCCAAAGGGGCCUCCAGCGAAUUUGGCCUGCGAGGCGGAGACGCCUCCAGCGGUUUCCUUGAGGGCGCUGGCUGCGGGAGCGGAAGGGCCUUGCCACUGCGGCUCGAGAAUGCGUGUAGCUUUGCAACGAGUAAGGCAACACGCCUUUCGCGCCGAGCGCGAUCGGGGCAAGGCAGCGGGAGAAGACAGAGAGUCACGGAUAAGCUUUGCGGAAGGGAGGGAAAGCGGGUGCUGCGGUUGGCGCUGCCAUGUGAGGCUUGGUUCUGUCUGUGUUGCGUUCAGGCCGCUUCCCUUUUGCCUACAGUAUGGCCCUCAUGA